AAAAAAAAAAAAAAAAAAAAAAAAAAAAGACGGUGGGUCACCUAUCGGUCUAUCAGCUUGAUGCGAAAACACAUUGCUGCUUAAUUAUAGUCAUAGACAUAGACCUUAGCAAUGGGGCAAAGCGCUGCAAUGCAAGGACGCUUGUAUCUGGGCGAAGCCGAGUCACGGAUUCUUGCAUACGCAGAACAUUCCAAGGGUUCCGUACAGUCCUGUGUCGCUAAGCCCGGGCUUAUUGAAGCUCCGGGCAGGGAGAGGCGGAUAAUCCCUGGGCUUCCAACCAUCGACUUGCGCGAAUUCGCAGCGGCACUACUAGAUCAAGUUGUCAAUGGACUCGAGAAGGAUACGCUGCUAAACGAUUAUAUGGUCCGGAUUGGGCAGCGAGCUUUGGGCGAGUGAAAAAAGCUCGAAUACUAUUUUAAACUCAUUAACUUAGUAAACUAAGAUGCAAGAUGCCCACGACCUAUCCGAUCGGUUCAGAACCAUUGUUCUGUAUCUGUGCCAGCAUAUAC